AUGGUAUCAAUGAAAAGCACUGAACAAGCAUCAACACCGAUGCAUCGGAUCAACCUCAAAAAGGCUCUCCUAAGUACUUGUCCACUGGAGACAAAUGCACAGAUGGCAUACACAGAUGAGAGCAAAGCGGAAUCAAUACUUUCGAUGUCACCCGUGCAACAAGGAGAGAAUGCUGUCAUUAUUAUCCCACCGAAGCACAAAAUUUCCUCAUAA